ACAAGGCGUAUAUGAGAGUGUACCUUCAUUCUGGGCAAAAAUUCAGAAAUAUGGCGAUCAACUGGGUUAUACUCUAGCACAGAAGAAAACCCAUUUCUUAUCUGGAGUUAGACCUGAUAUUAGAGAUAAAAUUUAUAGAAUUGGUCAAACAAAACCUAUUAACGAUAUUAUUGAUAGUUUGGCAGAACUUGAAUUACGUCAUAGAAUAUUACAACAAGCACCAUCUCAACCUCGCCAUGCACCUAUUGCUCCUGCUAUUCCAGAUUUUUACCCUAUAAAAUCAGAAAAACCUCGGCAAGCAUUUUACAUAGUAGAUCAAGAAUGUAAUAAUAUAGAUCCACUUACCCAAGAUCCAGAUUAUCUUAAAUACCUCGAGCAAGCAAAAGCCUUAUAUAAAAAACCACAAAGAUCCAACCAAUCUGUCAGAAUAGAUAGAAUAGAAGAAGGGCUUAAUGAAACUCGAGAUACUAUAAAUCAGUUAGCAGACCAAUUACAGAAAAAA